GCCCAGUCAGCUGGUGCAAAUGCCCUUGUCAGUGGAGCUCGCUUUGACAAUAGUAUAGAAUAACUACUAAAUAUUGUUUUCUGGACAACAUUUCUCUCAAGUUCGUACUUUAUAUCUUAAAAUUGCUUUUGAGAUAAUGGCUGCCAAGAUUUUGCCUGUAGUCAAGUUUGCCACUAAAGUAACCAUUGCAGGAGGAGCCCUUUAUGUGGCUUAUGAUUCAGGACUGAUUGGAGGUAGCGAGGAGGGGUCAGUCGCCUUGGGGAAAGCUAAAGCUGCGAUUCCCCCUGCUGUGGAUGAAUGGAUGAAGUACUUUGGCUUUGAGCUUCCAGCCACACCCAAAAUAGAGUUCUCCCCACUGGAUGCAUGGAACUCAGGGGUCCAAAAGUCUAUCCACGCCUUAUCGGUUGCUCCAUCCACAGUGAAUGACUACACCAAACAAGGCCUGCAAUACCUGAAAGAUCUCUCAAAAUGAGCGUUUAAUGCAUAACAGUUUGCAUAAGACACUAUCGACAUAAAAAUUCUCAAGAUGCAAUGGCUGAGAAGACGGAUACACUUCAGGAAUCUUUAAGCAUAUGUUUUUCUUCCCAUAUAUAUGUCACUGACUGAAUUCCAUAGGUGGAACAGAAAUGAAAGUUUGUUCACGAUAUGAAGAUAUUAUGUCAACAACACCAAAAUGUAUGUCCUUUUCAUGUCCUGUGCUCACACUGUGGAUUAAAGGAACAGAAAUACACCUGUUGUAACGCUGAGAUGAGUCAUAAUUUGAAAAUUGUAAUGUAAACGUUCUAUAUGUA